UAUGAACGCAUCCACAUUCUCGUAUGUACGUACGUAGGCGGAAACCGAAGAGAGAAGAUAAUUGGAGGAAUCAUCAAAUUCAAAAAUCAUCUGCCAUCUGGGCUUUACUUUCUCCGAACAAAUUCGCCGUCGGGAAUAUCUCAAAUAAGGAGGAAGUGCGCUGCGAAGUGGUAGUUACUGUAUUUAAAUGUCGAGUAGCUCGGGAAGUUUCUCAGGAAGCUGUAGCUCGGCAUCUAGUUCCAGAAGUGAUUGCGAAAACUCGUUUGAUGCUGAAGAACUUUUGCAGAUAGGGUCAAUACGCAGGGAGCUAAGGAAAGAAAAGGAUAUGCUGAGAGAAUCGCAGCCUCGUAGUAUCGAACUAGUCAGAAGGUUGGAACUCCAGACAAAGUCAUUAUCGGAAUCUCGCUUAGAAGACACUGCAAGAAUUCGGACGAUGGAGAAAGAGUUGUUGAAUUGCUAUAAAGAAAUUGAUUACUUGCGAGAUCAACUAAUAUUUAGAAGCAAGGAAGUGAAUUAUCUCAAUGAACAUGUGCACGAUCUUGAACACAAAUUGGCUGAAUCAGGGAACUUGGAAGAAGAAGUUAACUGUUUGAGAGAGGAGUUGUGUAUGUCUAAAUCCGAGCAUUUGUUGUUGUUGCAAGAACUCGAGAGCAAAGAAACAGAGCUACAGUGUUCGUCUCUUUCUAUAGAGAAACUGGAGGAGACCAUCUCAUCCUUAACGUUGGAGUCCUUGUGUGAAAUAGAAAGCAUGAAGCUUGAUAUAACAGCGUUGGAGCAAGCACUCUUUGAUGCAAUGAAUAUCCAAGAAAAAAGCAUCCAAGAAAAAGAUGAAUUAAGAGGAAUAAUCAAGGAGGUCCAUUUUCAGUCUCAAGAGGCAUACGAGAAUGCUAAGUUCUUUGAGAAGCAAAACGAAGAGCUGAGGGAGAGAAUUGCCGCUUCUGAAAGGAGUAUCAAAGAAUUUUUUCAAAGUACUAAAGAACGGGUAGAAAGUGAAAACGAAAAACCCCUAAACGCAGAGUGUUUCUUUGCUGAAUUGAGCCAUGUGCUUCCAGUGCCCAAUGAAGUGCGCGAAUGUUUCGAUGCAAUCGUCAAGAAACUAGAGCUUUCCCGGAAUGUAAAUUUGACUGAUACAGUGGAGGGUAUGGGCAAACAGAUCCAGCUGCAUAAAGAUCAUGUGAAGCAGCUCAAGGACGAACUGAAACAGGAGAAACUCAAGGCGAAAGAAGAAGCGGAAGACCUUACGCAAGAAAUGGCUGAAUUAAGGUAUAAGAUGACAUGUUUGGUCGACGAAGAACGCAAACGCCGUGUGUGCAUAGAACAAGCAUCAUUACAGAGAAUUGCAGAACUAGAAGCACAGAUCAAGAGAGAGACGAACAAGCCCUCUUCCACUGAUAUGAUGCCUCUUUCCGGGUUAUUGAAAAAGUCGUGAGCUUUGAUGUUUAGCUUUACCCAAAUUCACUCAUCUUCACAUUUCUGAGCAUCAUCCAUGGAUUUUACUUUGAAAGUGUCAGCUACCACUAGAGCACAUCAACUCGCAGGAUGAUCAUUAAUCCAGAGGCUUGAAGUGGCAGAAGAGACAAAUAACAGAAGUUUGAAUUUAAACAUCAGAUUAAAUGUCUCAAAGAAAUUAAGUUUUAGAGGUUUUUAUUUUUUCCCCCCGGUUUUGUGUACAUAAUCAAAUGCUUGGAACAUAGAAAUAAAGUGGGUCGAAGUUAUUGGUGUAGCUCGAGAUCCAAUUUAAGAA